AUGCAGGCGCGCUACUCUGUGUCCGACCCCAACGCCCUGGGAGUGGUGCCCUACUUGAGCGAGCAGAAUUACUACCGGGCGGCGGGCAGCUACGGAGGCAUGGCCAGCCCCAUGGGUGUCUACUCGGGGCACCCGGAGCAGUACGGCGCGGGCAUGGGCCGCUCCUACGCGCCCUACCACCACCACCAGCCCGCGGCGCCCAAGGACCUCGUGAAGCCGCCCUACAGCUACAUCGCGCUCAUAACCAUGGCGAUCCAGAACGCGCCCGAGAAGAAGAUCACCCUGAACGGCAUCUACCAGUUCAUCAUGGAUCGCUUUCCCUUCUACCGGGAGAACAAGCAGGGCUGGCAGAACAGCAUCCGCCACAACCUCUCGCUCAACGAGUGCUUCGUCAAGGUCCCCCGCGACGACAAGAAACCUGGCAAGGGCAGCUACUGGACCCUGGACCCGGACUCCUACAACAUGUUCGAGAACGGCAGCUUCCUGCGGCGCCGGCGGCGCUUCAAGAAGAAGGACGUGCCCAAGGAGAAGGAGGAGCGGGCCCACCUCAAGGAGCCGCCCCCGGCGGCGUCCAAGGGCGCCCCGGCCGCCCCCCCACUAGCGGACGCCCCCAAGGAGGCCGAGAAGAAGGUGGUGAUCAAGAGCGAGGCGGCGUCGCCGGCGCUGCCGGUCAUCACCAAGGUGGAGACGCUGAGCCCCGAGAGUGCGCUGCAGGGCAGCCCACGCAGCGCGGCCUCUACGCCCGCCGGCUCCCCCGACGGCUCGCUGCCGGAGCACCACGCAGGCGCGCCCAACGGGCUGCCCGGCUUCAGCGUGGAGAAUAUCAUGACGCUGCGAACGUCGCCGCCGGGCGGCGAGCUGAGCCCCGCGGCCGGGCGCGCGGGCCUGGUGGUGCCGCCGCUGGCUCUGCCCUACGCCGCUGCGCCGCCCGCUGCCUACGGCCAGCCGUGCGCGCAGGGCCUGGAGGCUGCGGGCGCCGGGGGCUACCAGUGCAGCAUGCGCGCCAUGAGCCUGUACACCGGGGCCGAGCGGCCGGCGCACAUGUGCGUCCCGCCCGCGCUGGACGAGGCCCUCUCGGACCACCCGAGCGGCCCCACAUCGCCCCUGAGCGCCCUCAACCUCGCCGCCGGCCAGGAGGGCGCGCUCGCCGCCGCCGGCCAUCACCACCAGCAUCACGGCCACCACCACCCGCAGGCGCCGCCGCCCCCGCCGGCUCCCCAGCCCCAGCCGGCGCCGCAGCCCGGGGCCGCCGCGGCCCAGGCGGCGUCCUGGUAUCUGAACCACAGCGGGGACCUCAACCACCUCUCCGGCCACACGUUCGCAGCCCAGCAGCAGACUUUCCCUAACGUCAGGGAGAUGUUCAACUCCCACCGGCUGGGGAUUGAGAACUCGACCCUCGGGGAACCCCAGGUGAGCAGCAACGCGAGCUGUCAGCUGCCCUACAGAUCUACGCCUUCUCUCUACCGCCACGCAGCUCCAUAUUCCUAUGACUGCACGAAAUACUGACCUGCCCCGGCCCUCCUCUGCCCUGGCCCGCUCUGGCUUCGCCUCCCAGACGCGACCCUCUCAAACAGUUCAGGCUGCGGAGACGCAAAAAGAACCCAAACUUGCCCACCGCUUUUUCCGCAGACCCGGGAGCACAGAGCGCGCGCGCCAGCCUCAGCCCUCUGCGAAGCUGCAGGUAACUUUAAUUCGCCGCCCCGUUUCUGAGAUCCCAAGAGGCCCCAGUACAGGGACGCGGCCCAACGAAAUGAAUAAUGAUUUUAAAAUCCCCCUCCCCUUCCAGGAUGGCUGUGCUCACUGCUCCACUCGGGGUUUCAAAAAUUAUAACUUAUGGACCAAAUCCCAUAGCGAUCCAGUAAUGAUUCUCUGUAGAGACCCCCAUAGGUCUAUGGGGGUCUCUAUAGAUUAUGUAUGUGCUGUGUGUAAUUUUAAAUUUCUCUAACCGUGCUGUACAAAUUGUGGAUUUGUAAUCAGGCUGUUUUUUUGUUGUUUUUCAGAGCCAUUAAUAUAAUAUUUAAAGUUGAGUUCACUGGAUAAUUUCUCAUCUUGCCCGACCAUUUCUAACUGCCAAAGUGAAAAUUCAAGAAACCUAUGCGGGGUUCCCCCCCUGUACAAUUAUGAGAUAUAAUUCUUCUCCCAGUUGUAGGUCUUUUACAA